AUGGUGCUUCCACAACCAAUUAACAUCAAAAAAUGGAUAGAAGAAAAUGAAAACCUAUUGAAACCACCAGUAAAUAAUUAUUGUUUACAUAGAGGUGGUUUUACAACAAUGAUUGUUGGUGGUCCAAAUGAAAGAAGUGAUUAUCAUAUAAAUCAAACCCCAGAAUAUUUUUAUCAACAUAAAGGAGCUAUAUGUUUGAAAGUAGUUGAUGAUGGUGAAUUCAAAGAUAUUUGGAUUCAAGAAGGUGAUCUGUUUUUGUUACCAUCAAACAUUCCACAUAAUCCUUGUAGAUUUACUGAUACUAUUGGAAUUGUUGUUGAACAAGAUAGACCAAAGGGAGUCAAUGAUGGAAUUAGAUGGUAUUGUUCCAAUUGUAACGAAAUAGUUUACGAGAAGGAAUUUUAUUUAACUGAUUUAGGUACUCAAAUUAAAGAAGCAAUUUUAGAAUUUGAUUCAGAUAUUAAAAAUAAAACAUGUUCAAAAUGUGGUACAAUUAAUUCUUCAAAAAGAGAUUAA